CAUUGAUCCUCUUUCUGGCCUUCGUUAAUCAGAAUUCAUCCCUAACGACUCGACUCACACUCGUUCAACAAUUGUUGUUAUUCAACUUUUCCAGUUGCCUCAGAACCGUGGAGGAUUCCCUUCCGGUUUUUUAAAAGUAAUUGUCAAAACCCAUAAUUCGCAUUAUCUUCGCACAAUUGCUACCGAUUCGAAACAAUGCACUCUUCGCUACUUCUAGCGCUUUGCAGCGCUACGCUAUCAUACGCCAUACCGACAAUUGAGGCAGUCGGUGGCAAGUUCUUUACAAGCGAUGGCGAUCAAUUCUUCAUCAAGGGCGUGGCUUAUCAACUUACCGAGAAGGACCCGUUGGUCGACGCCGAGCAAUGUAAGCGGGAUGCCUCGCUCAUGAAGAAACUAGGUGCCAACACUAUUCGUGUCUACCACGUCGACCCGGAAGCGGAUCAUGACGGUUGCAUGUCUACUUUCGCCGACGCUGGCAUCUAUGCUCUGGUAGACAUGGAUACCUUUGAUACUUACAUCUUACCCAACGAUCCUUGGUGGAAUCAAACUCAAUUCGAUGCGUAUUCCAAGGUUAUGGAUACGUUCCAUGACUACGACAAUCUCCUUGGCUUAUUCGUGGGAAAUGAAAUUAUCGCCAUCAACAAUCAGUCGCUAGCCGCACCCUUUAUUAAGGCAAGCGCCCGCGACCUAAAGGCGUACAGAGACUCGAAAGGAUACCGCAAAAUCCCUGUUGGUUACUCUGCGACUGAUAUUGCUGAGCUUCGACCUUGGCUGCAAGACUAUCUUACCUGCGGUGGUAAUGCGUCCGAGAACAUCGACUUUUACGGUUUGAAUUCGUACCAAUGGUGCGAUCCUACCGAUUAUCAAACCUCCGGUUACGCCAACCUCCAGGAGCAGGCCAAGAACUUUCCUGUACCUAUUUUCUUCUCCGAGACUGGAUGCAACAAGCCUGGCCCGCGAUUGUUCAAUGACCAAGAUUCUAUUUUCGGUCCUGAAAUGGUCAAUGACUGGAGCGGAGCUAUCGUGUACGAAUGGAUCCAGGAAGCCAACGAAUACGGUUUAAUUUCGUAUGGUCCCAAGGUCGAUCCGACUGUUACGGGUAAGGAUAUUGUUGGUGGUUUCACGCGUGCAGGCACCCCAACACCUGUCAAACCUGAUUUCGAUAAUCUGAGCAAGCAUUGGGCCACUAUUACGCCCACCGGAGUGGCUCGAUCGGAAUACGAUACUAAAUCGGUCUCGACACGUGCAUGCCCAACUUCCACUGCCAGCGGAUGGCUUGUUAAUGGUAACGUCGCUGUGCCAACCUUGGGAGAAACGCUUACCGCCAGUUCUUAUUCGUCUGUUCCUAGCGCCACCGGUACUGCUGCCAGUGCUGAGCCGUCAGAGACUCAAAAUGCCGUCUCCGGGUCGAAGGAGAUUGCCGGUAUGGGUGCAGGUCUUGUGGGUGUAAUGAUGGUCUUCACAUUAUGGCUUUAAUCCGACUUCAAUUCGACAGAAAGAUUUUAGAACUACAACUUUUUCAAUCUUGACGCUCUGUUACGCCGUGCUCUCCUGCGUCAAAUCCCCUUACAAAGGAGGUUCUACAGCCGGCGUUAUUCGUCAAGUACCACCUAAUUCUUCCUUUCAGCAAUACCGUUAAGGAAGUUUCUUCAAGACAUCCGCAAGGCAUUGUACACGGCGUUUAUCGCCUUGCGUUGGAUAGCUCCGGGCCGUUACCUA